AUGUGGCUCACACUGCUGCUGCUGCUGGUGCUGGGUGCGCUGGUGCUGGUGCUGGUGGCCCAUCGGCUGCUGGCCCCCUCCGGGAACCCCUUUGCACGGCCCCCACUGGAGCCCCCCCGGCCACUGGUGACGGAUCCGGCUGCCCGGGACAAGGUGCUGAAACAGGGGUUCAGCAGCCGGCGGGUGCCACCGGUGCUGGAUGCUGUGGUCAUCGGCAGCGGCAUCGGGGGCCUGGCGGCCGCGGGCACCUUGGCCAAGGUGGGCAAGAGGGUGUUGGUGCUGGAGCAGCACGAUCAGGCCGGCGGCUGCUGCCACAGCUUCCAGGAGCAGGGCUGCGAGUUCGAUGUAGGCAUCCACUAUGUGGGGCAGAUGCACCCGGGCAGCAUGCUGCGCGUGGCGCUGGACCAGCUCACCGACGGGCAGCUGUGCUGGCAGCGGCUGCCUGACCCCUAUGAUGAGGUGACCCUGGGGCUGCGGCGUUACCGGCUCCGUGCCGGUAAAACCGCCUUUGCCGCGGCGCUGGAGGAGCAGUUCCCAGAGGAGAAGGUGGCCAUCAGGGAGUUCAUGAGGCUCUCCAAGGUGGCCUCGCGGCACGUGGCGCUGCUGGCGGUGCUGAAGAUGGUGCCGCGGUGCUUGGCCGCGCUCCUGGUCCGCACUGGCCUCAUCUACUGGAUCUCACCCGUGUUCCGCAUGGCGGCCACCAGCCACAGCGAGGCCGUGGCGCGGCUGACGGGCAACCGCGACCUGCGCGCCCUGCUCUGCUACUUCUUCUAUGGCACAGCCCCGCAGGACUCCAGCUUCCUGGUGAACGUGCUCAUGGUUCACCACUACCAGCGCGGCGCAUGGUACCCGCGGGGGGGGGCCAGCGAGGUCGCGUUCCACACCAUCCCCGUUAUCGAGCGCGCCGGGGGGGCCGUGCUGGUGCGCGCCCCCGUCACCCGCAUCCUCGUGUCCCCCGACGGCACCGCCAUGGGGGUGGCAGUGCAGAAGGGGCCCAGCGAGGAGGAGGAGGUGGAGAUCUUCGCCCCCAUCGUCAUCUCCGACGCCGGCAUCUUCAACACCUUCGGCAAGCUGCUGCCCCCCCCGCUGCGCAGCCACCCCGACGUGAGCGCCCGCAUGGCCAUGGUGCGGCACGGCAUGGGCUCCUUCCUGGUGUUCGUGGGGCUGCGCGGCACCGCGGCACAGCUGCGCCUGCCCCCCACCAACUUCUGGAUCUACCCCCACAACGACCUGGAUGCCAUGAUGACCCAGUACGCUGCUCUGAGGCGUGACGAGGUCCCUGAGAACCUGGCCAUGAUGUUCAUCACCUUCCCUGCCGCCAAGGACCCCACCUAUGAGCAGCGGCACCCGGGACGGUCCUGCAUGACCAUCCUGACCAUGGCGCGGUACGAGUGGUUCGAGGAGUGGGCCGGGACCCGCGCCAAGCACCGCGGCGCCCAGUACCACCAGUACAAGAUGAGCAUCGCCCAGCGGCUGCUGGAGCGGGCGCUGCAGCGCUUCCCUCACCUCCGCGACAAGGUGUUGUUCGUGGAGGCCGCGUCCCCACUCACCAACCAGCACUACCUGGCAGCUCCCUGUGGGGAGAUGUAUGGGGCCGAGCACGACGUUGCGCGCUUCACCCCGGCCGUGGUGGCUGCCAUGAGAGCCGAGACCCCCGUGAGGAACCUGUACCUGACGGGCCAGGACGUGUUCAGCUGUGGGCUGGCAGGGGCUCUGCACGGGGGUCUCAUCUGCGCCUCCGCUGUCCUGAGCCGUCUGCUGUACUUGGAUCUGCUGCUCCUCAAGAGGAGGAUCAAGAGGAGCCGGGGACGGGAAACGGCGUGA